CUCUCUAGUUAAUUACAUUUACAUGAUUAGCUCAAUCAGGUAAUAUUAUUUACGGAGAAAUUAUUUUAUAGAAUAGCACGUAAUUUUUUUAUAAUUCAGAAAACAUGAAUUCAUAAAACAUGCGACCAUCUGUCUGUAGUUCCACAGUAGGCUAGGCUACUGCCAGACCAGAGAUCCCUUGUAAAAAAAAAAAACUCAAUGGCACUCACCUGGAUCGGUAAAGUAUGAAUAGGUCAAGACAAAAACGUCUUAUUUUAACUGGUGUGAAUAAUGCUACAAGACUGAUUUUUGUACACCUUUCUGUCUGUCUCUCUCUGUAUGUCUCUCUCUCUCUCUCUCUCUCUCUCUCUCUCUCUCUCUGUAUGUCUCUCUCUCUCUCUCUCUCUCUCUGUAUGUCUCUCUCUCACACCCACACACACACACACACACAGCAUCUUCUUGGCACCUCUGUCUUUUCUCUCAUGCUGCUACCUCUGGUGUUGUCUUGUGACAGCAACCGGACUAUGAGAGAGAUCGCUGAGGACUACGAGUCUGUCAUCUCCCUGCUCCUUCAGAACUUUGAGAACAACAUCACUGAAUCAUUAAAAGUGUCUCAUAAAAGCUGCACAGGUGAAAUGCCUGAAUGUGAGAAGGAUAAUGAAAGACAGUUUAUUUACAACAUGAUGUGUAGCCAUACCAGACUCAUUAGGCUCUUUAAGCUAGAGAGGCUCAAGAGAGAAAUCCUGUGCUCACUGGGCCGCUACUGUCCUAGAAAACAGAGGAGUUCACAAGGACAGCACACAACCCAUCGGCAUCAGAGGAGAAAGAAGAAGAAGCCAGGAGGGGAAACGGAGGAGAACAGAGGGACCACGGGGGGAGGGGAGAGGUUGAACAGUUGGAAACAGCAGGGACGAGAGAGAAAGGAGAGAAGCAGGAGCACAGAGGCCAUGAAAAGUAGGCGGAGACAGUGUGGACUGAAGGUGUUUGUGGACAGCCUGAAGGAAUGCUACAUGUCUCUGGCUGAAAGACAUGGAGACCUGAAGUGAGAGGAGAGAUGCGGCCGAGCUAACCCCACCAAGCAUUUAUUUACCACUUUCUUGCAGGUAUACCCCUUUAUACAUAUCAGUGGGUAACUGGCAAAAUCCGAGGGGUGGAGAGUGUUUUUAAACCAUGGGGGCUGUUUGCAUUUCAAAUUAGGGAGGAGUUAAACAAUUAAGUGUUAAUUCAUUUACCUGCAAAAAAGGCAAAGAGAAACAUUCACACAGAUUCCUGUCUUUUGUUUACAGGCUCUGUGAAAAUGCAGGAACCAUGACUAGGUGUUUAGGUGUUUUUUAUUUUCCAUGCUUUCUACACCUUUCAUAAGCUAGGUUUCCAUUCAACUGGAGACAGACGUGAAUAGUCUAAAAUACACGUAACAAAAUAUGCACAUUUUCCCACCUGACAUGUUUCCAUCAAAUUGACUUGUUGCUGAUAAAAGGCUGUGGAUGGAAGGCGCAUAAAAAUUACUUUUGUAGUUAAAUUACCAUGUACAGAAUAAAACAUACAAGUUAAAUGGG